AGGACCCACUGACACCUAUCAACUGAUUUCAACUCUAAUUCGGAAAACGCUGCUAUUUAACCUAGCAUACUCAUAGUUCAGCAGGUGAUUAUCAACAACUUGCAAGUUAACUUUAGGCAUAUACUCGGUAAGUUAGUCUACUUUUAAAAGGUUGUUUUUUUGACAUAAGGAAAUAAGUUGUGCUGCAUCAGAAAAGAGGCUAUCCUUUUCAGUAUCAGUCAGCAACUUUACCAAACUAUCUGACUUUCUUUGUUCAACUUUUGAGGGGUCUCUCCAUCGUUUGACUUUAUUCACCAUGCAACAACAUAGGAUGUACCCCGAAAGGAAGGUAUUUUGGUGAAUUCGUUUGAGAACGUUUGAACGGGAGUAUUGCGUCAAUAAAGGUGAUUCUACUCUGCGUUAACCGGGGCCACUAGUCUACCUGUCACCGAAUUCUUUCAGCCAAACACUCCCACCCCGGUCCCCUCGUGCUGUCUUUCCGUGGGUCACCUGCCUCGCCCGCUAACCGUGAUGGCGUGCGGUUGGAGUCCGGGAGCUGUCACGGUUUGGAGAACUGCCGUUUUCCUGCUCAACAUCGCGUGCACAGCGUCGGCCAAGAGACACGUCGUCUACUGGAACUCCACCAACACUAGGUUGACGGGAGGGGAUCUGUCCAUCCAGGUGAAUCUGAAUGACUACCUGGAUAUCUACUGCCCCCACUACCCUCACCCGUCUCCCCCCAGUGAGGAGGCCUACCCCCAGGCCCCACCAGACAGCCUGGCCCUGUACCUGGUGGCUGAGGGGGGGUUCAGGGGCUGUGUGGAGACCCAGGGGGCCAUCAAGAGGUGGGAGUGUAACAGCCCCCAUGCCCCCUUCGGCCCUGUCCGCUUCUCAGAGAAGAUCCAGCGCUUCACCCCCUUCUCUCUGGGCUUCGAGUUCCUCCCCGGACACCACUACUACUACAGCUCAUUGCCUACAGGGGAAAGCUCCCCGCUGCCCUGCAUGAAGCUGCGAGUCACAGUGUGCUGUGAGCCCA